UGUACCGCAGUAAUUAUUUUAGGAAAGGAAAAAAAUAUUGUUAAUUUGUGAUAUAUAUCGUUAAAAUUACUGUCUAAAAGAAUAUUUUACACUGAAUAGGUUGUCUGCAUAUUGUAUAACCCUGCAAUGAACCCUGUAAAUUCAGCUACAGGGAGUAUCCAGGGCGACAGCGUAGCCACUGUCUCACCUAUUGCAAGACCUCCACUCAGAGCACCAAAAGAAUCCACAGUGAUACAAUUACAACAAACUGUAGUAAAUAAUGGUGUUGUUGGUUCUUCAUCAGAUACCAACAAUAGCAACAUUUCAUCAAAAUUAUCAGUUAAAGCACAGGAAUUUAUUCCCAAAAGCUAUGCAGCUGGAAAUACAUCAAGCUUAUCACAAGUUAAUGAAGCAAAUAAAUCUCUUUCUGCAAGUGCCCCAAUUUUCGUCCCCAGACAGUCGGCAUACAAUCAAGGUUAUCAGAAUUACAAUACAACUACCACAAAUGAUUCUCAUAUCUACAAUCCUGUAAUGGAAGAAUUUUAUAAGACCAUUACCAUUUUAACAUCACAACCAGGAAAUGUAGAGGAAUAUAUGAAUCGUUUGUAUGAAUACUUACAACCUGUAAAGAGUAAAGAUAUAUUAGAUAAUAUCAUUAAUUCCCUUUACGAUCAGUGUAUAGCUGAACCAAAUUUUCGAUAUACUGGUGCUAGAAUCUGUCAACAUAUCUGUAAACAUUUAAACAAUCAUCCAGUUUUCAAGGAUUUUAGAACUUCACUUCUAAAAAGAUGCAAGGUAGAUUAUGACAAACGAGAAUCCCUAUUACUAGAUCAACAAACAUCUUCUCGAGUGUAUGGUUUAGCAAUGUUCAUGUCAGAAUUAUUUCUUAAUGUUGAAAAUGUACAAGCAGGUAGAGUAGAAAAAUUUAAUGUUUUAGGAACUGGUUUGAUUGAUAUUACGUUGAGUUUACUAGCCUAUCCCACCAAAGAUAACAUCAAGUGUGCUGUGCAGUUGCUCAAGCUUGCUGGUGCUGCUAUAGAAGAUAUACCUGAUUCACAAAUUCAAUCUGUUUUUGAUAGAUUAUCACAGUUACAAGUUUCAGAUGUUCAUGAGAAUGCUAAGUUUAUGAUAAAGUCUGUGAUUGAUCUUCGCAGUAAUAAUUGGGGAAGAGGAGAGUCCACUUCUUCAUCAACAGACGGUCUUGAUGCUAGUAUGGGAGAUCUUAACUUAGCUAACAAUGUUUUAGAGUGUGAACCGGUGUUUUUCGAUGCAAAAGGUCAACGUAUUACUCGUGCUGAAGCUGGUUAUCAAGAUGAAGCAGAUGAAGAAUCAGACUAUAUGUUAAAUGAAGAAGAAGAAUUAGAUUAUUUACAAUGGGCACAGGAAAAUGGUAUGGGAGAUGGUGGUCAGUAUCCAGAGUGGUCUUAUGAUGGGUAUAAUUUAGCAGGAGAUGGAUAUAACUUGCCAGAGGAGUAUGGUGACAAUGACCCAGAAUGCACACCUGAAGUCAUGGAGGCUUAUGAACAAUAUCUUAAAAAUAAUCCAAGUUAAUAUGUUUAAACCAUGGUGUAAUUGAAAUAUGGCUGUGAGAGAUCAGAAAAUUCUUUUUAAAAAAAACCUAAAUUACUCAUGAAAAAUUUCUACUUCUAGCCAUUGUUUUGGAAAUGGUUAAGAUUUUUCAUUUCAUCACAAAAAAAUGUCAUUUUACAUUUUACAGGUAAACAAAUGGCUAAUCAUGCAGGAUUUUAUAUUCAUUCAUUUCAUGUUAGUGCUAAUUUAAUUUUCAUUAUUUCAAAUACUGACAUCCAUCUCUUUACACUUUUGUAGCAAAAUUUACUUGACUAAUGAUAAUAGAAAAAAAGGGCUUACAAAGGACGUAAGAAAGUCUUGCUCAUUUGGACUGUUUUUAGUCUCAACUUAACAUAAUCUAAUGGUGGCUGUAUAACUUGCUGAUCAUAUCGACAUUGAUACUCUUUUUAGUCUAUUGAACUAGUGGCAUUAUGAAAGUUAAUGACAGCAUUUAAAUAAAUUUUGUUUAAAAACUUUCCACACACAUUCAUUAUGUAAAUGGCAGAACCAGAACUGCCUAGCAUUUGUCAAUUGGAAAAGGUAGGUCUGGGAAUGCUGUAUUGACUGGCGGUAUUGAUGAUGUCACUAAUGCAUUCUUUAUUUAAGGGGCGCUUAGAAUAGCUGUCAUCAUUAUCUAUCUUUUGUUAGGAUAUAGAAUCUCCUUUAAACAAUUUGAUACAACUGUUUGCCAAAUAGUCUGUAUUCAUUUAUAUUUUAGCAGUCAUUUCAUCAUCCUAAAGUCAUCAUGAUAAAACAUCAAAUCCGUCUUCAAAAAGUUACAAGUAUUAAUUAAUUAUUGAUGUGAAUGUUUUAUGAUAUUAAUUUUGUGUUUAAAUUACAAUGCCUUAAGAUUAUUUAUCUCAAAUAAUAUUAAAGAUAUAUUCCUUUAACUUGGCAGGUCCUAAUGGUGUCACUGUAAUCCAAGGUUUUGUUAAAAAAAAGAGAAAAAAAAAUUCUUCUGUUAGCUGUUAUGAGUAAUCUGUCUAAAAGUGUCUGAUAGAAUAUUGAAUUAUCUCAGCACAUCCUAAUUACUGGCUGAGAUCAUCAUGCCUCAGCCCCUAAAUGCACACAUUUUAUUUUUCCAGUUCAUCAGAAAUAUAUGUAUGUUUUAAGAGGUGAAGAGAAUUAACCGCUAGGGAAUAUAUCUUUCUGAAUUGUAAGAGAGACUGCUGAAGUAUUUCUAAUGAUGGUGGAGUACAUGUAUUUUUAUGUAUAUAUGUUGGCAAAAAAAAUUGUUCUGUGUUUUGUAUAUCUGGAAACAAAUCAAGUUCUGUAAGAACCAUAUGAUUUAUGUCCAGGGGAAUGCUCACUAGUCCAUAGGGUAGGGUUAAUGUUAUUGUGGUGGUUGAAUGGUCUCUUGGCCUUCAGUAGAUUCUGCUGGUUCAUAUGAUACCACUAUUUAUAGUAUGUAGUACAGCGGGCUUAUGGAUGAAUGAACCUGUGGACUAGUGAACUCAUUCCUCUAAAAGUUAAGAAUUCAUUUGUUUCAUAUUUUCAUUGAAUAUAAAAGUGCUAAACAUGAUUAUUAUAUUAUUUAUUAUUCUUGUGUUUGAUCAUGCUAGUGAUUUUUCAUGGAAAAUUGUUUUGAGAAUGUUUCAAAAACAUAAAUUGUUUGAUUGUAUCAGAGCAUACAUGUAGUAAGAUUUUAUUAUGUCAUUCAUGCAUUUCUUUUUAUUAACAUGGUUUAAUGAUGAAAAUUGCAGUAUGGAAAAUACUUGUAUAAAUGAUGAAGUUCUAAGCCUCAAUGAUCCCUGUCGACUUCCAUAGUAUAAAAAAAACAUAUUGGUAAUGUCAAACUUUUUUUUAAAAUUUUUUUUAUUGUAUGUGAACUAAUAGUAGACAUUGGCCACUAAUUUUACCAAAGUUAAAAAUAGAUUGAAAUGUAUUAGUUAGUCUUAGUGCUUUUGUAAUAGAAAUAUGUUGAACUUACAAUUGGAAAAGCAGAUUAUACCUUUUCAUCUCUGCUAAAAAUGGCAAGAAGCAGGGAGCUCUGCUGUCUGCCCCUCUGUUUAUGCCACUGAUAAUGAACAUUUAGCUAGGUUUAAACAGUAAGAAUAAAAUCAAUGUUGAUGUAUAAUAAUAUUUAAUGUAAAUUAUGAAUGAUAUUGUUGUACAUACAAAUAGUGCUCUAUACAGUUAUAUUCUUCAAAGGUAUUUAUUAUGUUAAUUGGACAAUAAAUCUAAAUUGUUGAGAUACUAUAUUUGAUGCUAAAAUAAUAUAUUUUUGUGGGGUUUUUGAAAGUGCAUGCAAAUAUAGUGGUUGGCGGGAGGGAAAGACAUCUUUAUGUUAUUGAAGGCUUAUUAAGUCUGUAAUUAAAGUUUGUUCUUCAUGAGAAACAUGUAUAUUUUCAGAUGAAACUAAGUUUUCAGGAUGAAAUAAAUGAUCUAAUUUUCAUUUAAGGAAUACAUCUUUUAAUAAACAUAUCUUUCAUUUGUUACAAUCACAAUAUAUGUAUCAUUUUUCUCAGAUUUGUUAAGUCAACUUGUUCCUAAAACUUAUCGUUUAAAUUGAAGUAAUAAUAAACAUUUCUUAUGAGUAGUUGUUACAAAGUGCUCAAAAGGAUGUCACAAACUUUGAGUUAUUCAAAGAAAAAUGAUACAAGUCACAAGGUCUUAUUUAUUGUUAGGCUUUCUUUUUUUCUGGAUUGUAGAAAACGGUUAUAUAAGAUAAUUAUGUAGCUACCGGUACUAAAAUCAACUUAAAAAAAAAACAACUUCCAGAUGUCUUUAGUCGAAUGGUAGCCUACACUAAAUUAAAGAUUGCACUUGUGAUGUCACAUGACUGUGGAAUCAGAACUAGCAAUUGUCAUUUGGGAAGGGUAGAAACAUGAUUUACAGAUUAUUUCAACACACAAAAUAACCAGCAAACCUGAAUAGACAGUUUUAAUCUUGGGGGUGCUAUAUUGAUUGAUCUAUUAUUAUUGAUGACAUCACUAAUGCAUUCUUUAAUUAGGGGUAUCAUUUGUUACAGAUGGCUCAUCUCCUUUAACAUCGGCAAAAAACUGAUAAGAUAUUUUAUUUGAUAAAUUAGUUGGAUGAUUAUUUCCACUUUUCGCCAUUGUUGUAUGUUGCGGGGAAUGGGAUAUUGUAAAACGUUAAUUAAAACAAAUUCUUUUUAAACUCCCAGGCCACACCAAAUGUUAGUUUAAUUAACUUUAACCUCAGAGUACAUGUCAAAAUAAAAAAAAACAAUAGAAAAAGGUUAUUUUGCCAUUAGUUUGACAUUCUUCCAAAUAGAAUAUGAAAUAUCUUUUUGGUGGUGGUUGCAAUUUUAAACAAUUCAUUCUUUCAUGUGUGUCAUUAAUUUUCGAAAUUUUUAAUAAAUUCAAACUAUGUUAAAUUUCUUGAUACUUGCUAAAAAUUGGAUCUCAUUUGUAUAAUAAUAAUCAUAGUAAUAGCUAGACCUGUGGCUGUGACACAGCUAUGAUGGGUUUCACUGGCACCAUUUGGUUUUUUAACCAGAAGAUUGUAAGCUUAAUUAAAACAUCAAGAAUUAAUAUGCCUUCUUUAAAAUGAAUAAUAAAGUAAAUUUUGAUGAUUAAAAUCUAUAAAAAUCUGUUUUAAGAUUGUUCUUAAAAAGUUUCGCUAGUUUUUUUCUUUUUCUACGCCCACAUUGAAAUGUGGUUGUAUAUUGUCGUCGGCCUGGUCCGUCAAUUGGUUCCGCGUCCACAUUUGCUUGUGUAUGCUCUAGAGGCUAAAGUUAAUAUCUGAUUGACUUUAAAUUUAUACACAGUCAUGAGGCGAAGAAGCCUAUUGAUUUCCAACGAUUUCCGAUAAUUACUGCCAGAGUUAUGGCCCUUGAUCACUUUGAAAAAUCUUGUGGACGCUCUAGAGGCUAAAGUUAAUAUCCAAUUUAUACACAGUGUUUAAGGUCAUGAGAUGAAGAAGCCUAUCAAUCUUGACCAAUUUCCGAUAAUUACUGGCAGAAUUAUGGCCCUUGAUCACUUGGAAAAAUCUUGCGGAAGCCGUUAAGACUAAAGUUAAUAUCUGAUUUCACUAUAAAUUUAUACACAGUGUUUAAGGUAACUAGACGAAGAAGCCUAUCAAUUUUCACUGAUUCCCGAUAAUUACUGCCAGAGUUAUGGCUCUUGACCACUCUGAAAAAUCUUGUGGACUCUAUAAAGGUUAAAGUUAAUAUUCGAUUGACUAUAAAUAUAUACACAGUGUUUAAGAUCAUGAGACGAAGAAGCCUAUCGAUUUCCACUGAUUGCUGAUAAUUACUGCCAGAUUUAUGGACUUGAUCACUUUGAAAAAUCUUGUGGACACUCUAAAGGCUAUAGUUAAUAUCCGAUUCACUGAUUUCCGAUAAUUACUGUCAGAGUUAUGGCUCUUGAUCACUUUGAAAUAUCUUGUUGACGCUCUAGACGCAAAAUUUAUACACAAUGUUUAAGGUCAUGAAACAAAGAAGUCUAUUGAUUUUCAACUAUUUCCGAUAAUUACUGCGAGGAUUAUGGCCCUUGACCUCUUUGAACAAUCUUACAUGUAGAAGCUCUAGAGUCUAAAGUUAAUAUCUGAUUGACUUUAAAUUUAUGCACAGUGUUUAAGGUCACAAGACGAAGAAAACUAUUAGUUUUCAACGAUUUCCGAUAAUUACUGCCAAAGUUAUGGCCCUUGAUCACUUUGAAGAUGAAGAAGCCUGUCAAAUUUCAAUGAUUUCCAAUGAUUAUGGAAAUUGAUAUUAAAUGUUUUGUAUGCUAAAUGUUAGAAUAGAGCAGAACUAGAAGCUAAAUGGGUUGUUACUCAUAAUCAUAUUUUAGUGUGUUGUAAAUGUUUUCAUUUCUGACAAAAGAAAAAAAAUAUGUGACAACCCUUAGCUGCUGUGGGUGUAUGUUUCGUUGCCUGGCAACCUAUCUUUUUGAUAUGAUGUUCCAUAAAAAUGGUGCUACAGAUGCAAACGACCUUUCUUCUAAUACUGAUGUACAUUUUGGAGAUACAUACUGGUGAUUCAACCCAGAUUGAAGAUUAGGUAUAUAUUGUUAUAAGAUGGACAAGUAGCUUGACCAGACAGGAUCAUAUAACUAGGUUUGGCACAAUGUUUUUAACUCUAUACAAUAAGUAACAGGCAACCAGUGUAAUUCAUUUAAUUAAUACUCUGGCAACAUGUUGUCUGAUGCAGAUUUUCAAACAAUAUGAGCUGUCCAAGUUGGGUUGUGAUUUAUUUGUUCCAGCUGAAAAUAUAAUGGGUGAAGGGUUAAACUGAAGAAAAUUUACCACAAUGGAUGGAUAAAAAAAGAAUUACUGUUCCUUAUUAUCAUAAAGAAUAUCCUUUAUGUUAUUAUGUAAUUAAUAAAUAAAAAAAAUCAAUAUACAAUAUUAAAGAUUAAUGUAAUAAAAAAAAACAUUUUCCUCUGUAUUUUGGAUACUGCUGUUAAUUGUAUUAUAAAUAAUAAAAUACCAAAAACAUGGAAA